GCGGUUCUCGAAUAAAUGAUGAAUAAAUCGCGCAGGAUCCCGGUUCUGAUCCUUAUUUUUGCCCUAACGAUAUGUGAAUGUGAUGCCAACGGAGGGGAUAUUCCCCUGCGUUGCGACGAAUACGAUUCCAUGGGAUUUAUGGAUGUGAACGAGGCCUUCUGCACGGUCACCGGAUUCACGGUCACCCACAGUCAGAAUAUCGUGAUCAAGAACAUACCACCCGGCAACAUGGUCAAGUUCAUGAAGUUCUACGAAUCGACGCUGCUCUACAUGCCCUUCCAUCUCUUCGAAACGUUUCCCUAUCUCAAGACCCUGGACGUCUCGAACACGAAUAUCCUGGAGCUGACCAGGAAUGCCUUUAGUGCGGCCAGCAAUCUGACCUAUCUGAAUCUGGCCUACAACAAUCUGACCUCCAUCCAGACCUCCGUGUUCAUUGGAGCCAAUGUCCUAAUGCGCUUGGACCUGUCCUACAAUGAGAUCUCCUCGUUGAGUGUAAAUGCCUUCUGUGGCCUGCAGACCAUCAGCCAGAUCUUUUUAACCGGAAAUCGCUUAACAGAGCUGCACAGUGAUAUUUUCAAGGACAACGAGUACUUGGAGAAGGUGUCCUUUGAGGGCAACCAGCUGACCAGCAUUCAACCGGAGAUUUUCCGCAAUAUGCGGCGCAUUAAGGAGGUGAAUCUCUCCAACAAUCGGCUGGUUUUCAUCCAUCCAGACACCUUUGCCGAUGCUGCGAGCCUGGAGAAUCUGGUGUUGUCCUACAACGAGCUGAAGAACUUCCAGCUGACGGAGAAGAACAUUGUGCAUCAGCUGCACUUGGAUAAUAAUAAUCUGACAAACCUGACCAUUAAUGCCACGCGAUUUGUGCGCGCCAGUCACAAUCAGAUUUCUCAGCUCUUCCUGCACCAAAGUCUGCACAUCGAAACAUUGGAUUUAAGUGCCAACAAACUGACUGGCAUCUCGAACAUUACGAAUAUCACAUAUUUGCUUUAUCUGGAUGUCUCGGAUAAUCCCAUUGGCCCCCUGAACAUCAGCACUUUUUCCCAACUCAAGAGGUUGAGGGGACUGAAUCUGCGAGCCACUGGCAUUCGGGAGCUCAAGUUUGGUAUGUUUUCGAAGCAGAAGUACUUGGAGGAACUGGACCUGUCGUUCAACAACCUGACCAGCCUCAAUCUGGACAUGUUUGUGCCGUACCUGACCAAUCUGAAAAAGUUCCUGGUAGACGGCAACGGGCUGACUGAGCUGCAGGGAAAUCGCUCGUUUUCCGACGCCUUUCCGCAGCUCCAGAAACUGGGAGUUUCGCGGAACCGCUUCAAUUGCUCCUACCUGCACCACCUGCUCAUUCCGCCCUCGCUGCCCGAGUCCGUGGUGCUGAACAUCGAACCGGACGCCAAUCUGGAGGAGACCCCGCACAUCCGGGACGUGUCCUGCAUCAGUCAAUCGCAACGGCUGGCCAAUGCCUCCUUCAUUGCCGAGGAGUCGCGCCUCGAGUCGCAGAUCCGCAUUUUGUCAAAGCAGCUGGAGGUGGUCGAAUUUCACUCGGAGAAUCUGGGCCUUCAUCUGGUUUUCAUGCAGGCCUUCGCCUAUGUGCUUGGUUGUAUAGUGCUAGUUGGCGUGGUGGCGCUGAUAACCCUCCGGUAUCUGAAGAAUCGCCGAUCGGGUCGAUACGAUCGCAGCAGCAUUGUCUUCCGCUCGAACGCCACAAUGGAAGCUAAUCUCACCCUGGGUAGUGCCGAUCUUCAGUAGUCCCGCAAAGCCUUAAAAUAAAUGUA